AUGAUGGUCCCCAGGGCUUUUAUUUUCAGCUCUGUGUCUUCCCCAAAGCCAUUCAGGCAAGAUGAGAAGGACUUGCAGCCACCCUCCACCUCUACCUCCACCAUGACCUUUCUCACGGCGCAGGACGUCGUCUCCGGCCUCGAGUUCCCCAGCGAGGCCAACUCUACGAGCCCAGUAGUGAUCCCUCCGAAACGUGGGCCUCGUGUUACAUCGACGCUUGAGAACAACACAGCGUAUGGUUCAAAGACACUCCGAAAUAAGACAAUAUCUCUCCGGUCAUCUUCGCCCGCUUUGCGCGAUCGUCAUGUACCCACAUCCAUUGCGUCCAUCCUAGAAGCCACCGCGAUUCCAGUUCCCAGACGCAGCUGGGGUGUGCGAGAGUCACGGAGACUACCGCGCGGAGACCAUGUGCAGGAGUUUAGCAGGUUGCUGAUGGAAGGGGUCAAAUCAAGAGAUGAUCAUUUACUAGAAGGGACUGGUAACACUGCUCUUGACAUUUUGCUUAGCCCUCCAGAUGAGAGCGAAAAGUCGGUGGUCGGCAGCGAUUACGAGCCUGAGACACCGUCAUUCUCUGGACGAUCUAUGUCACUCGAAUCGAUGCCGUCCUUAGAUCACGAUCUGGAUUCUCCAUCUAGCCUUCCUGUGCCGCCUACCCCUGCAAGCCAGCGAAGCCCUUCAGAGAGAAGAUACCGCCGCCCACCACAUCCAGAAGAUUGCGCUCUUGACCAUCCCCUACUGGAUAAGGAUCUGUCGGAAUCAGAUUGGAGCCUGACUGAUUCACAGCCCUUGUUUACUGAUGCCACUCCUUCCAAAUCCCCUGGCCAUUCCCGGUCGUUCCCUCGAUUAGGCUCCUCCUUCAAAUCCAAUCUGACAGCAUCUUUACGAGCAAUCAAGUCCGCUGCUCAGACUGUUUCGACCUUUGCUUCUCCAUCGGUACAACCAGAGGAUUUUCUCACGCGGUCUUUGUUCAAUAUUACUCCGGAGAUGACGGAUGACCGACGGCCUCCGCCCAUGAACGAGCCGCCAUCACCCGCCCUAAGGCGGUAUCUGAACCCGAUUCAGGUUUCACCCUCCGAGAUGUAUGCUUACCAAGACUAUCCACAUGAAGCCCUGGAUUCUCGGAACUGCCCAGUGUCGAUCCAAAUGCAGACAUAUCACCGUUCACGAGGCAGUGGAGGUCGCAAGGGCAGGUUUCAUCUCGCCGGCUCCGCAAGCCGAGAUCAACAAUUCCUGCCAUUCGAUCCAGAGCAUCCGGCCUUCUCACGGCCCCGAGAACCGCGGGAGAACAGUGAUUUUCUGCGCAUGGUGGUUCUCGAAAUGAACAUGAGACGUAGCGGAAAGCUCCGUGACGACAUCCCGACCCGUGCGCGGAUCUGGUUACCGCCACGGAAAAGCAUCCAGCAUCGGUUCAUAUUCUACGACUUUGAUGAGCACGACCACGAAGAAGACACCGAGCAUGCAAUCCCUCCACGAUGGAUCGGAAUUUCUGCCUGA